UUGCUUAAAGUCCUGAUUUAAAACAGCUAAAAUAAAUAAUUUCGCAGUAACGGAAUACCCUAACUGUCUAAAGUAUCGUCAAAUUUUCACCUCUAGUUCAACAAACGCACAGUUAGGUUAAUUGUGACUGGAAUAGCUAAAAAUAUCAUAAUGGACGAUGACAUUUUGCUCCCUGCCGACACGUUGGCUAUUCUUAACGAAUUCCUGUCGGCGCGAUCCAAGCGCAAAGCCGAGGAGGAAUAUCAAAUUGUUAACCAGGCCGGAAUGGACGCUGAAUUCGAGGAAGAUUGGCAACUGAGUCAGUUUUGGUACAGUGCGAAAACUAAACAUACUCUGCGCGAUGUUGUGCGUAAGCUACUGGCGGAACAAAAGGCUGAUUUGGGAGAAUUUCAUAUUGCUCUCCUAUCAUGUCCAUCACUUUACAAGGACAUAAGAAACAUCCAUGACAAUGUCCACAUCUUUGAAUACGAUCCAAGAUUUGGAGCCUACGGCACGGACUUUGUGCUCUACGACCUAAACUGCGUAGGAGGCAACCCGAACUACCUUAAAGAGCAUCACCACCAGUAUGACCUAAUCGUUGCCGAUCCGCCCUUCCUGUCUCAGGAGUGUAUUGUCAAAACUUGUGAAGUAAUCACCAUGCUGCAGCGGAACCCGUCGGAGUGCAAGAUAAUUGUUUGCUCUGGGGAGGUGGCGGAACCCUGGCUGACUACUGGCCUUCCCGUUUUUAAGUGCGCCUUCCGACCGGAACACGAGCGUAAUCUGGGAAACUCGUUCGUGAGCUACGCUAAUUUCAAUUUAGACGAAUAUAUUGAAAAUAAGAGUUAGAGUUA